AUGAAACCGAAUCGAACAUUUUUCACCGCCCUCAUACUGUUCCUGAACUAUCAACUAUCCCUUACCCAAUUUUCAAAAAUCCUAAACCUGAAACAAAAUCCUGGCCUCCUUACAAUUGAAACCGGCAGUAGCUUUAUAAAAAUAGGAAACCAUAAACUUUUUCACGUUAUCGAAUUAAACAACUAUGAUCCUAUCUUUACAAAACUACUCAAAAAUAUUCAAGGACUACAUAGAUUCUCAAACUUUACGGAUCUUGUCGAAAUUUUGGAAAUGAAAUUCAAUACCGUGCAUAGCAUUUUUAACGAUCUUCAACCAAAGAUAAGACAAAAAAGAGGAUUGUUCAAUGUGCUCGGAACAACAAUAAAAGAAAUAACUGGUAACAUGGACCAUAAUGAUUUUGAGCAAAUUUCUAAAAUAAUAACUGAGUUGCAGAUUAGUAAUAAAGUAUUGACAAAUGAGAAUAAUGAACAGUUUAAAAUUAACCUGCAACUUCAGAAUCGUAUUAAUUCCAUAAUAAAUCGCCUAAGUCAACAACAAAAUGAAAUCACGAAAAACAUUAUAUCUGCGCGAUUAGAAAAUGAGACAAGCAGGAAUUUCAAAAUUCUUAGAGAAACGAUGAAAAUCAACUACAAUUUGGAUAAUCUAAAGUCACAUCUAGAGAACAUUUUUGAAUCAGUACAGCUUGCUAGAACCAAAGUCAUCCCAAAACAAAUAUUGUCAGUAGAAGAGUUAGGAUUUGUCUCAAACAUUUUGGAGCAGCAAAAUAUCAGACCGAAUAGCAUAGAACAGAUUUAUGAGUUUUUAGAUUUGUCCGCGUUCUAUAAUAAUACAAGAUUAAUUUUCAUUAUUUCAAUCCCCAGAAUAGAUAACACAACAUACGUUGAAUUUUUAUUAGAACCUCUUUUAGUUUCAAACAAGACUUUAAAACUUCCAGCCAAUGUUGCUUUGCAUAAUGGUAAUAAAACCUACUUCACCAAGGAGAAAUGCCGAAGGAUCGGAGUAACCAAACUCUGCAGUCUCGACAAACUAGUAGACAUCACCGGAGACUCGUGUUAUUCCAAACUACUGAAAGGGCUAUCCGGUAACUGCACCUUCACUAAGUACCACCAACCUCGGGCAGUAAAAAGGAUUACAGACAACCACAUUGUAAUCACAGAUGUACGAAACAUGGAGAUCGAUUCGAACUGUGGUUUGACCAGAAGGAAUUUAUCUGGAACGUAUCUAAUAGAGUUCCACAACUGCUCUGUUAUGAUAAACGGUACAAAGUACAGUAAUGCCGAGUCAUAUAGAAUGGAACCUGCACUGGUAAUGUCAUUGGACGGUUUGCACAUCAACCAACAGACCCUGGAGACCCAACCAAACAUUGAUGAAAUCCAUAUUAGAAAUAGGCACCAGCUGGAAACAAUAACGAAACAGCAUAAAAUUCAGACAUACACCUCGCUAAGUAUGUCAACUCUCUGUUUCCUUUUAAGUAUUUUUGCAGGCCUUCUAUGGAUAGUCAAGAGACGAAAACAAAUAUCUCUUUAUCUAGGAUCAUCCACGGAGUCCAACGUGAACCCGAAGGACCAACCAAGCAGAACCGAGGUCAACCCAACGAAUCGGGACGAUUCGUCUCCAAAAGGGGGAGUAGUUAAGAUCGAACCCUCCUGGACAUUCCCCAUGAAAAGCAUCGCCUUCACACCGAUGCUCAUGGCAACAACAACAACGACAACACCGACGACGACGACGGCGAUGCCAGCCCGUUCAACCUCGAGCCCGCAAGCCGCAAACAUCAGCAGUUCUGCCCCUAGCACCCAGAAGUAGAACGGACGCACCUAGCCAGGUCAGCAAGCCCGGCAGCCACCGAUGUCACCAAGUGGACGGACCCACCGACGGACCACAUCAGCAGGUUUAUGCCAAGCAACAGCAACAUGGCAAUCACUUCCUGUAUUUUUCAUAAUAAGCACUUUCUUGAUAGGUUUCAUUUGAAUUGAAAGACAAUAAAGAAUUAUUACUUUUCCGGACGUCAAGUCGAA